CCAUGAACUACAAGAGGAAGAGAACACCUGCAAACCCUAACCCUAGAAGCUCCAUGCAAGCCUUUCACUUCCUCCGUUCUCUCUCCCUCAUAAAUCUCCGCACUGCAACUUUCCACAAGCGCUGCAGAGCCAUCAGGAGAGCAGCGUACGCUUCCAUGGCAAGCUCUACCAAGCCUGAUCGUGCAUGGCGGCAUGCCGUACUCUCUCGCCUUCGCCGUAAGGCCCGGCCCGUUCGAGUUCGAGUCAAAGCCCGGCGCCGAAAAGCCCAUCAUGACGAUGCACUCCGCCGGAUCUUGCCCGGCGGCGAAGCGAUGGAUUCCUCGAGAUUGCUCGAGGAGACUAUAGAUUAUGUACAGCGUUUAAGAGCACAAGUGAAGCUCAUGCAGGAGAUAGUGGAUUCAGUGAAGAAGAAGGAAAGUGAAGAGUGAGACAAGGGAUGUUUAUAUAAAAUGGUAUGAAAUUAUUUAUGUCAUGAAAUUUAUAAGGCUUUAUGAUCAUAUGAUGAUGAAAUCCAUAAACUUAAUUUUGUGUAAAUACACACAAGUUUGAUUUAGUUAUGGAGUUUGAUCGAUCUGUAAAUUAAUACAUGUUUUGCUUUUGUUAAUGCUUUUAUUUCGUA